GCCUCGAAAAGUCAUAAUAGCUACAGAUUUUCCUUUCAGGCUUCCAAACCUUUUCUGUCUCUUUUUCCAAGAUUCAUCUAUUCCACCUUGUUAUACUCCUCGUCGUUGAUUCUGUGAAUUCGCGGCAAGUAGAGUCACUCCGGAACGUCAAAUCUGCUCCGUCAUCAAAUCUGAACCUUAACCCUACUCCUACAUCUCUUACAAAUCAUCCCUCUAAUCGAUAAGGCUGUUACUGUUACUGGUAGUCAAUUGAAUCUCAUAAUGUCUACAAGAAAUCAAAUGCCUACUUUCAACUCUUUCACCAUCACUCAACCCUUUUUGGGUGCACCGCUUCAAUUCCAACCUGCUCUUGGAUCAAGAGAGCUCGAGGAUUUGAUUGAUGCUUACGUGGUUGGAAAAGCUUGCAAACAAGAUAAGCUUUCCACCGUGACGAUCGAUUUCUACAACCAUGCAACCGUUGAUAUCAAUACCGGUUCCCUCGUUCGUCGAUACGAUGUGAUGCCAUGGGCUUAUGACCAAAGCCCCUCUCAAUCACAAUCUUCAGGAUUGAGUCCACCAAUUUUCACUCCUAGCCCUACUUCUUCAGCUACCUUUGCCGAUUCCACUUAUAGCUCAAUGAGCACCCCUUCAAACCGGACUAGAGGGUCACGAGUCACGAAGAAGACGAAAAAAGAGACCACAAAGAAGUCUGCGGAAGUCAGGCUACCUGGCUUUUCCAUCAUGACCAAGGAUGGUAUUGAUGUUACUAAUUCUGCUGGUCGCGGAACUAAGACGAAAGAACAGAGAGAACAUGCACAUCUGAUGAGGAUCAUCAAAGCUUGUGAUGAGUGCAAGCGGAAGAAGAUCAGAGUGAGUUCCUUCCUAUUCCAACUCAUGAUCGAAUGUUAGCUAAUUAAAUUAUAGUGUGACCCAUCUCAUAGACGUUCUUCACGUACAGAUAUGUCCAGAGCAUCUGCAUCAAUCAGGCCUUCUCCUCCUUCACAAUCAAAUCCAAGUCCUGCCGCAUCAACCCCUUCAUUAUCUCGAGAAACAACAAAAGGCUCUGAGCAAAGCAGUCCUCCUGUUGAUUCGUUCACCAUGGAAGAUUUUGUUCUUUUUCCAGAAGACGACCUCAACCAAUGGAACCCAGAAAUGUCUAUCCCAGGUUUCGAUACCCAAUACAGCGACUUUAGCAUGACCAACUACGACAGCUUCCCUGAUUUCGAUACUAGCUUCUCUACAAUGAAUGAUAAUCUAUCAUUUGACUUCCCAUCAUUUGAUCAAUCGUCAUCUUUUAGUCCUCAAUCAUUGAGUAACACCAACAAUUUCUCAAACUACUACAACACACAGCCAUCGGCUCAUUCAGAUGUCAACUCACAAUACAUCUCUUCAACUCAACCACAAUCCGAUCUAGAUUUCUUCGAAUCAUUCGGAGAUUUACAGCACUUCUCACCGACCCACUCUCAACAGGCUCAUCCACAAGCUGUACCGGAUGAAGACCCCGGAAAGAUGAACAGUUUUGCACACGCUCCGGCUUCGAGAUCUCGGGUAAAUAACAGUCCAUCGAUAUCACCAACGACAAUUCCUCAGACCGAUGGUGGGGCCAGUCUACAGGACUUCACUACAUCAUUUAGCUUCUCCCCGACUGAUAGCUGUUACCAAUCACAAGGUUCAGAAUAUGGCUUUGUAAAUAGCGGCCUAGAAGAUCCAUAUGGAAAUGUUCCUGGUUCGGGUGUUGAUUCGGCCUUCGAGCAAUCACCUCAAUCUGGAUCGAGUGACUGUGGCCUUGAAAAUGUAAGCAGUAUCAAGGAACGCAGUCGCAGCCAGCGCACCAAACGCCAAGUCAUAUUGGACCGUGAGCGCAGUCGCAUUGACGAUCACGAGCGCCAACUUGUGAACGCUUUCUCAUCCAGCAUGGGCGAGUCACAUGUUCCGCGUGCUUCCGCUGAACAAUUAGUUUCGAGUCCGGGCGUAAUCAAUAGCGGCGACGGGCUACCGAUGAAUAUAGCCACUUCUAGAGGCUUAGAAUCUAGUUGUAGUCCUGUACCUGGAGAAACUCCGUGGAGCUUUGAAUCAACGCUCUCUUCAUUGACUAAGUCUAGAUCGGAUACACCACAGGAUCCCGCGAAGAGCAACACAGGCGAUGACACACUCCCGGUUGUGAAACCACAAGAGCACGCUGACGCCCACGCAAGCUCGAACAACUCGACGGUCAUUGACACUUCCAAUAGUCUUGCUACACAAGUAGUUGGCAAUUAUGUCCAGUCUCGACGUGCAAACUUUGCCACGAGCAGUUCGGAUCGACAGGUAUUGGGAGUCAACACCAAUAUUGUUUCUACGCACGUAGCUGUUAGCUCGUCAAUGUCAAGUCCAAGAUCCAAGCCAAUUGUAGAAUCUAUGGCACAGGCACUAGCCGGCAUAAUCGCUACUGGAGCUUUAGUUGUACCUGAUCGCGUCAAGGUCAUGACUUCACCUCGUUUCUCACUUGUGGAUAAAUUGAACACGAAGGCAUCUUCGAAUUCUACCGAGAAAGUCAGCAGUAGCUCUUUGGAUAAUUAUGGCAAUGAGACUAUUGUUUCAAAGGGAAAGAAUACUUCCGCUGUACCAUCAGCCGGCCCAAGCUUGAAUGUCAACAUUCCGGGAUACUCCACGCUUGUCAAGAACAGUACAGAAGCUGUAACCGCUCCGGCUACAACGACCCUCUGCAAUGUCUCUACAUUUGCAGCACUAGCACUUUGCCUUGCCGCUGCCAUUGUAGUGUCGAGGUGUCUCGAGUCAUCCGCAAUGGCAUUAGUCGUUUAUCUUGUUGCAUCGGUAUGUUGUGGUUCUAGUUGUACGGUUUCCCGUCCUGAAAAGAGCUUCAUGAGCACAUUUAUCAGUGCAUCUACAUGGAAUUCGUGGUCCGAUAUGAAACAGAAGAUCGAUUGCGAAAAUCAACGUGUAAGUUUUUCUAGGCGAGAACCUCCGCCAGAUUAGGCUUUGAGGAAUAUGGACUAAUAUUUGUAAUAGUCAUUGAAAGGAAAGAAUCCUGGAUCACUUGAUGUUGUUGGAAAGAUGAUAAAGAAGUUUUCCUCGGUGGUUUCGAUCUAGAUUUAGAUGUUGGCUUGUGCUAGGGUUCAAGUUCUCGAUAUUUGAAUGCAUGAUUGGUAGAGAUUAGGGAGACGAUACUUUAUUUCGUUUAUAGAUGCUCUUUUAUUUUAGGUAAUAGUAUACUGGUUUAAGAUCAUGUGAUGGUACUUUCUGUCUGUAGUAGACAGUACACUUCUUUUAGCAUGAAAGAAAGGAAGGAAAGAAAAGACUCGCGGUAUAGAACCUCGCAGAUAAGAUUGAAAUGCAUAUACAUAAUCGCGUACAACCAUCCAUCG